UGCAGUGUUUGAUGAUGGGCAAGCCGCCAGGAGGAGGAUGUAUGUGCAAUCUAGCAUGCCUGAUGAUCGCUAUAUUUACUGUGAGGAAUGCAAGGAACGUUACGAAGGGGAGUGCCCGCUGCACCCCUUCACCGUCAUCGAAGACAAACCCGUACCUGCGGAGUGCGAGAACCGGGCCAGAUUAACCCUCCCGGACUUCCUCUCUAUCUCACACUCUGGAGUGGAGGGGUGCGGGGAAGGGGUGUGGGCCGAAAAGCACAUACCCAAAGGGGUGCGGUUUGGUCCCUACGCCGGGGAGAUCGUGAGCAACGAUGCCGGCUACUGGAGCGGAUAUGCUUGGGAGAUAUGCGUCCAGGGCAAAGUAAUUCAUUGCAUCGAUGGCAAGGACGAGAGGAAGGGAAACUGGCUUCGCUUUGUCAACUGCGCCCGUAACUUGGCAGAGCAGAAUCUGGUGGCCUUCCAGCACCUUGGAGAGAUCUACUAUCACACCUGCAAGCCCAUCGAGCCUGGAACGGAACUACUGGUCUACUACGGUGAGGAAUUCGCCAAGAAGCUGGACGUGGUCUCGGAACUGACCAGCCUUAUGUAUGACUCAAAAUCUGGAACAUACAAGUGUGAGUUCUGCGGUCGGCUGUUCACCAUCGCGAUCUACCUUGCCCGCCAUCUCCGUUACUCCCACAACAAAGUAAUCAGAGGUUCUUCAACCAGUCAUCACGUGGUCAAGAGCAUUGACAGACAGACCCUUGCAGCUAUGGUGGCUGAAGCAGAGGCGUACAAUCAACUAACAGCCAACAGUGAGGCCUUCACAGGUCAAAGGUCGGAGUUUGGAGGUCCGGGUUCGGAGGAGAGGGAUCAGGAUUCAGAGUUAGGGGAUCAGAGUGUAGAACUCGCAGGUCAAAGUUCAGGGGUGGGAGGUGAGACGUAUGAGAAUGGAGGAGACAACUCCAGUGAGCCGGCGCAUAUGAGUGAGAGCUCUCAAGGUUAUGAGGAUGCAGGUCAGGGAUCGGAGUAUUAUGACCAAAGGGGUCAGAGGUCAGAUGGAGAGAGUGAGAGUGUGGGUGGUUACGCCACGAGUAAUGGUGAGCCCAUGAUGGAUCUUGGUAUGCAAAGGUAUAGGGAUUUUGAAGCAAAUGAUGGGAAUAGGGGUGUAGAGGUUGAGAGGGGAGAUGGUGUAGGUGGUGCAGAAGAUGCAGCGGAAGCCGGGAAAGGGUAUGUGUGUGGCGUUUGUGGGCAGCAGUUCGCUCUCGAGCUGGUCUACAAUGCUCACAUGAUAACACAUAGUGUUGUCGAUGGUCAGAGGUGUGAGUUAUGCGGUGAUCUGUUUCCAACGAAGGAAGACCUUCUUGGCCAUGCCUGUAUGCAGGGGUCAAGAGUUGCUGAGAACGGGGACAACCAAUCACACUUGGAUGCCAACAAGCCGUUCGUCUGCACGUUUUGCGGCAAACGCUUCAGCCACAAGGAGUACUUGCGAACCCAUGUACGCAUCCACACGGGAGAGAAACCCUAUAGCUGUCGCUUCUGUGACAAGUCGUUCACGCAGGGGAGUGCACGGAACACGCAUGAACGGACCCACACCAGGGUCAAACCGUUCAUGUGCGAUGUGCCAACUUGUGGGAUGAGGUUCAGAGAUGGCAGUCAUCUGCGGACCCACAAGCGCAUCCACAGUGACUCCAAGCCAUUCCAGUGUAGGUUCUGUGGCAAAUGCUUCCUCUUUGCCAGUCAGUUGAUGCAGCAUGAGCUUACGCACAGCUCUCUGAAACCCUAUAUUUGUGGUGUUUGUGGAAGAGGGUUCAAUCAGAAGGCAUACUUGCGUGUUCAUGAACGCUUGCAUACGGGUGAGAAGCCCUACCCAUGCAGAGUUUGCGGGAAGCGAUUCAACCAGAUGACAUCACGGAAUGUCCAUGAACAGAAGCAUGGAAACUGGGGGAUGUAUGACUGCAAGAAGUGUGGUCUGAGCUUCAAAAGAAGUCGAGACCUGCUGCGGCAUGAAUGCAGUGGCUUGGCUGCUGUAAAUGGUGUUCCGCCUAUGCUCUUUCAGCGGCCAAUACAUCCCGCCCCAGUGCCGCAUCAGCAGGUUUUCCCAUGUAGGCAAUGUCCUGAGGUCUUUGCGUCUUCUUCAGAACUUCACCAACACCAGCAGUCUCAUGUGCUGAGGCCAUUUUCCUGUGACAUAUGCAGCAAGCGUUUCACGCACAGGAGCUACCUUGAGAUUCACGUCCGAAUCCAUACUGGGGAGAAGCCUUACUCCUGUAAGUACUGCGGGAAGACCUUUAGUCAAACCAGUUCCAGGAAUGCUCAUGAGAGAAUUCAUGAAAGAAUCAAAGCAGCAAAAGAAGCAGAACAAAAUUGCAAUGAAGCACAAGAAGGUGGUGAGAAAGAAGUUGCAGAUGGAGCCAACGGAGAGAAGGAAGGCGAGAAGGCUUCAGAAACAAAUAGUGAAAAUUCCACUAUGCCUAAUCUUCCAGUGCAUCCAGCUAUCCAGAGCUGUCGUUAUUGCAAUAAAACCUUCACUGAUGCUGCCUUGCUUGUUAGUCACGAACAGACGCACAUGCGGCCAAGAGAUCAUGUUUGUGGCUUUUGUGGGAAGGCUUUUAGCAAAGGCCGAUAUCUACAGAUUCACGAACGAACACACACGGGCGAGAAACCAUAUCAGUGCCGGUACUGUACCAAGCGCUUUACCCAAGGAAGCUCUCGUAAUGUUCACGAGAGGAUACAUGUAAGGAAUGGGGACUAUAAACUCAGCCCUCUAUCCCCUGUAGAUCACAUGCCAUUGCGUAGUCCGAAUGUUCCAUAUGAUACCAUUCCAAAUUACAAUAAUCAGAAUCUCCCGGACCAUCCCAACAAUGCCUUGCGCCCAAUGUACACCUGUAGGUUCUGCAGCAUGCGCUUCGAUGACACUGCUGCACUUGCGCAUCAUGAGAAAGUGCAUGGUAUCAGACCAUUCAUUUGCAACAUAUGCGGGAGGACAUUCACGCAGAGUCGCUACCUGCAGAUCCACGUCCGCACGCACAUCGGCGAGCAGCCUUACCCCUGCCGCUUCUGCAGCAAGCGCUUUUCGCAGUGCAGCGCCAGGAACAUGCACGAACGCAUCCACACCGAGUUCCGACCCCACCAGUGCCCCGUGUGCGGAAAGUCGUUCAUUGUGAACAGUGCCCUGCAGAAGCACCUCCAGAAACAUCAGCUCUCUGGCAAUCCUUCCCUGCCUGGAAGCGAAACAGCGCCACCGCAAAAUAUGCUCUUGCUCUGAUGACUGGUAUGAACCUUUCACAUACAUUCACUGCCUUUUGAUGUUUGCCGUUCAUGUGUUUGCUCGAAGAGGUUAAGACUAAAUUUACUGGCCAUGUAAAUUGAUGGUACCGUUUGGACUACAUCAAUAAGUAGCACAGCCCCCUCACCAGUAAUAUUCUGCAUACAUGAAAAGUAUGAAAAAAAUGCAUGAGUAUGAAAUUAUAAGCUACAACGAACCAUACUUCAUGGGAAGUAAAGCAGAUGUUCUCCAAUAUCUAUAUCACAAUAGCAACUUGUGAUAUCUGGAUCAAAUAAUAAUUACAUGUAUGUACAUGUAUAUCUGCCUUACAUUGAAAUAUUUACUUAUAUGUACAUGUAAGAUCAUGUAUAUCAUCUCUUUCUGUACCAACGCUAUAUGUUGGCAAGCGAUAUCAAAAGGAGAUAUUGGAAAGCGUAGCCUGAAAAUGCAGAUACUGUAACACUACACAAUACACUCUCCAUGUACACGAGUGUUGUAACGACAGUCACCGGCGCGGGUCGGAACUUUCCAGCACCCAAAAUUUCCAGACGGCACUCAAUAAAAUAUCACACCCUUCUGACCAGCACUAAUAUUCCCACCGACAGUGAACUUUAUGAACAUAUCAUUUUAAUGUGUAAAUCCUGAAAGCCACCUAUUUUUCGUUCCCCAGAACCGCCACGACAAAGUGUUGGGCAAUAACAUUUCCAACACAAUAAGGUCCCAGGUGACAACCCUGACGUACACCAAAUAAUGGUAUUGCUAUAUGAACGAAUCAUCCCAUUAAGCAAGUUUAAAGGCCAAGAGUAAUCCAUCGCCAACUUAAAGUGGUGUUCUUGCGCAAAGCCAUUGGGAAUCGCAGAACUCAGUAUUUAACAGGUUAACCCAUUAACUACUAGAACCAGAUGGACCAUUACAAAGCUUUACAGAACUCAGGAGUCAAUGGGGUGCGAAUGCCUAUUGGGUCAAUGGGUGUGGGGUCCAGUCAUGUUGCAGUGACUACUCGGAUUGAUCGAGGGUUUAAAGAGGUCUAGAAAAGUACAGUGUUUGCUGAAUUUGUGUUGAGGUUAAUCGCUGACAUCUUGCCUAGUAGUUAAUGUACAUCAUCUUUUUAAAAAAAUUCUGAUUAUUUUUUCUGGAAAAAAAAUGAAUUCGAGGGGGUAAUAAUGUGAAAUUAAAUUCUUCCUGUCGACACUUACGGUAUUUUUAAGGUAGAGAUAGAUUGGUUAUUUGAUUUGAGAGAGAGGUAGCUUGAGAAGAGGAAUUAGGACUAGGUGAAUAAUACAGCAUUCAUUAAGGAGUGUAGACAGAAAUUGAAAUCUAUUCUAGGGAUUUAGGAAUCAUUUUCAAAAACUGACAUUACAAUCUUCUCCCUUUAUGAAAGUCGGUGGAACUGGACUUGGAUUUCAGCGGAAUCCGCAGAGACUGAAGCUUGUGGUCUUUGGUGAAAGAAGAAGGAAUGAUGGUAGAAAAAGAUAGAAAGAGAGAGAGAGGGGGGGUCAAUGAGAGAGAUUUCAUGAGAGACAAAGGUUUGGAGAGAUCGAUAGCUUUAGCUUUAGGCUGCCUUCCGAUGAUCGGUGUAUUCAAGGAAGUAGUCCGGCCGGGUACCCACUCACCUCACCCGGGUCGGGUGCAGCACAAUGUGGGUAAAUUUCUUGCUUUGACUGGGAUGGCCUGCAGUAACUAGGGGGAAAUGAUCAAGAAUACUAGGGGAUAGAGAGAUUGGUAAUGGUGUUGAUUUUUUACCUGAUUGGUAAGAAAGCAUGAAUGCUUGUGAGCAAGCAACCGGAGGACCAACGGCUUCAUGUCCUCUCCGAGGGAGCGAUAGAAUAGAUAGGUAGAAGGAAAAGAAAGAAGAGCGAGAUAGAGAUAUGGAGUCAUGAUGUGAAGAGGAGUGUUGGAGAGAAGUAUUUAAAAAAAAUUAUAUCAAUCAUCCUCUGUUGAUAGAGAAGGGUAUGAAUAUUCAUACAAAUAUUCAUACUAUUGUGCCAUUAGGGCCUCUGUCUUGCAAAGAGUUACAAUUGAUCCAAUCAAUCGUAACUGUAUGGAAAUCCAUCCACACCAUAUUUUUUCUACAAGAAAUUUGCACAAUCUCCUUAGUAAACAGAGAGAAUCACACUUAAUCUCCAAGAGAACGAUGAAUGUAUGAAUAUACAUCGUAUCUAGGAAACAUUUUGAACAAAUUUGCAUCUUAGACGUUGACGUUGCUGGCCGUCCAUAGUUGUGGUUGAUUGGAUCAAUCGCAACUCUUCGUAAGACGGGCCCCAGAAUUACGUGCCAUAGUUUUUCAUAAUGAUUCAACUCUAAUCAAUUUCUGUACAUAAAAUGGCAACCUAACCUGAGCCACGUAACACAAAGUCCAGCGAUUGAUCGUAGGGCAAAUUCUUAUGAUUGAUUGCAUAGACCAUGUUGUAUACUCCUUUGUAAAAAUCAAUCGUAUGAGCAGUCGCUAGGCUCUUUGUUACGUGACCCAGGUAUUGGUUUCUCUCUCUAAAGUACAACUCAACCUCGCAAUAAAAUACUAUCAGCAUUAGGAGAGAGAGAGAUAAAAGAUGCUUCGAGAAUAGUUCCUAUAUAAAGAUGAUCGAAUCCACCAAAAAAAGAGAUGAUUUACUCGCAGCUGUUUUAUGAUGUAAUUUUGCCAUGAAAAUUAACCAAACUUUGUAAUUCCUGAUCAUAUUAUGUAUUGUGAUCACUAAACCUUGUAUUUUUGUCUUUUUUAUACAGUUUUAGAGAAUCUAUAUUGGGAUGAAGUGAUUUUUUUUGUUUUUGUUUAUAUGUUGGUAGCGAUGUGUAUAUGUCUUGCCUCAAGAUUCCGUUGCUGAAGUAGUUGACUAUAUUUUGCUGGUCUGUGUGUGUUUUAUGGUGAAGUUCAAUUAAAAAAAAGAAGAGAAAAUUUCACCCAAGUGUAAUACAUGUACGCAGCCUUUCCUGACAAUCUUGAUAUGUUUUUCAUCUUGAAAUAGUUUUUUCUUUGGUUUCAACAGCCCUUUUUUGUGCAAGUUGUUGAGUCGUAUUCAUUCCAUUGUUUGUAUUUUUUUAUAAAUAACCCAAAAUCUGUAAUACCUGUAGGUACAUAUAAAUUCGCACCUUAUGUGGUGAAACGUCAUUCUCUCAUAGACACUGCACAUUAUUUAUCAUAAUUCCAGAAUAAUAAGAAUAUAUACUAUUUGAUUCUAUUUCAUUAAUAUAGAUUGGUAAAUAUAUGGUUAAUAGAAUAUUUUUCAAGAAGUGAGGGGCUUAAUGAGUGCAGAUGCAGUGAAGGCAAGUAAUGAGUGCUGAAUAUAUUCAGUUGAAACCUUUAAGGUGUUGAGAGUGAUUGAAUCACUCUUUUUAAUAAAGGCUCUUUAAAAUUGUAGUACCUAGCUGGAAAAUGACAAAUACAAGGCAUUUUUUUUUACUGCAAAUGAGAAAAUAUAUCCCAUCGAGAUUACGCUGACCAAAACAGGCAUGCUUUUCUAAAUGAUUGCAAUUUUCCACAAUGAUGCGUUUCUCUAAAUGAAAAAAAUAAAGGAAACAAUUCAGAAAGAGUAUUGCCUCAGCUACACAAUGAUGAAUAUUGGGCAAAAAUCUACCAAUAUUUACACAGAUUUGCAUAAUGUUGACAGUUCCUAUCAUUCUACCAGUGGCUUCCCUGGAAUACUGCAAGUGCAGCAACCUUUUGUUUGAAAAACAAAAAGAGAAAACCUAUCAAAGAGGAGGCAAAUUUUGUCUGUAGAAAUGAAAAACAAAUCUUAAUGCCUUCCACCUUGAUGUAAAAGGAAUUUUAUUGUUGAUAUUCUUGGCCCUUUUAAGUACUCAAGGCCUUACUGCCUUAGCUUUUUAACUGAAAAUUGUGUAGAUUUUUUUUCUCUAAUGUAUGUGUAGAACUAGUUGCAAUAUAACUAUUUAGGUUGAACAGAGUAUGUGUAGCGUAGCAAUAUGUUUUCCAUUCUUUCUUUCGCAAUGCCUGAACUAUUUUAUUUUUAUGUCUUGAUAUUUCUCUUGUGCUUGCUUUUCACUUGUGGUUGUUUUAAUGCAAUUCUUCUAUUUAUAAACGGAUUGAUAACGUGGGUUCAGUAUUAUUUUUAGUUUUGUAUAUGUAAAUUGAUUUCUGUGGAUCGUUAUUGUAUGUGUAUAAGACACCAUAUGUUCAUAACCGACAAAUUCUUGUCGAAAUGUUUGUUUCUUUAUAAACAAAAAGGUGCUUGGAUUGUCAAUAUGUAUAAAAAGAUGUUCAGAUUUUACACAAUGGAAAUGUAUUUUUUGUACUCUAGAAAUUCAUUCCAUUGUUAUUUUAUGUUCUUUUCUGCUCUGUCGCCAUAGACAAUCUAUCCCAUUCCCUCGUAAAAUAAUGAAGUAUGAUAAUAUAUCUAUAAACGAUCAUUUCUUUUGAGGUAAAAGGACCAAAACGUAAAUUCUUUAGUCCUAUUGGUGUAUGUAUGCAGAUUACAGAAUAAUGUGCAUGUAUUGCAAAUUGCGUCUUGUAAAGUCUUCAUUGUGUAUGAUGUUUAUUGUAUUCCUUCCGUGAGAAUAAUAUCGCGGAAAAAAAACUUUUUGCAAUGUGGUAGCUCAUAAGCAUAAUGUGUUCAUACAAAGAUUUAUUCACCUAUUUGUCAUGUAUGGU